AUGCAUUUUGCUGGAUCUACCGUGCGGCUGGCCGCCCUGGCCGUAUCUCUAACGACUCCCCUUGCUCAUGCAUACUACCUGGAUGAGUCCUGCAAUGACAACCAGGGCCUCAUCACUCAAUGGCUCAACAGUGCCUUCAGUCAGGCCCAGGCGGCAUCGGACAUGUUCGACUCUCUCGCCUCGGAUACUGACCCUUCAGACCCAUCUGAUGUAUGGAUAGCCCAGAGGGACCUGCUCUCCUACAUGUUCCCGUCGACUUUGAGUAACGACAAGCCCUCAACAUCGUCAGCGGCUUGGCUACAGGCAUCCAAGAUAUUCGAGGAUGUUCUCAAGUACAAGGGAGCCCAGGCUGCGCCCCGGGUCACGCGCGCACGCCCUGCGAGGUACUCCAACCUGGACAAGAGCAGCGUCGUCAUCUACUGCACCUAUGAUCGGUUCACCGCGUUCCAACCCCCUGACGCCGCCGCCCCCAUCAACUACGAGAAUCAAGACUGCGCUGGCCAAGCAAAACCGGGAUUUGCCUGUGAUCCCACCAUUGACGCCGACAUUCGCAUGGAGCCUUCCUAUCAGUCGUGCAAAAACACCAGGGGCACUGUAAGCCAUCUCCGCCGCUCUGUCUAUGUUCUCAUGUAUCGACUGACUGAUCAACUAGUUCGCCUGGACACUCAACUGGGCCAACACGGGUGUAGAUAA